AUGAGUAACACCGCCAGUCAAGAGCCCACUGUUAACGUCAAUGAACCCAUGCGGGUUACACAACUGAAAAAAUUAGAAAGCUUCAACGCUUUACCCGACUUGCGGUCAACUCCGAGAGGUUACAUGGCAACCUGUCAUAACGCUAAUGAACUUCGGGAAGCCUAUGACGCCGCCGAAGCGGUCAGACAAACAGUCAGAAUUGUUUUCAAGCAAGCCAACGAAUCUAAAGUUCCCCUAUCCAACGACGACUUGAGAGAGCUUAAGAGAAUAAUUAGUCUCAAGACCGGGCUUCUGGGGGACCUUAGCUUGAAUGACGUGAAAACAAAAUUGAGCGAAUGCAACACCGACGCCGAGUUUGACAAGUGGUUUCUUGAGUCCUUGUACAAUCCAAGAGCAUACAUGGCCAAAGCUCAUGCCUUCGUACACCCUCAAUUAAAAGCAGGGGCGUCGGAACCAGAAAUUAAAGCCUAUUGGGACAAUUACUCUAACAUCCCAUCGUCCUGGGGUACCGGUACCAUUUGCCGGAUGUGUGCGGCGAGUUUUACGUUGCAGUCGCUGUUCUUUAUCAUUGACGAAAUCUUUGACAAGUUGAAGGAUGCUAAUUGGCACAGGUCUGAUCCAUUCUUAGAAGAUGUCGAUGAUGACAUAACCAAACAGACGCUCAUGCGGAUGUUAUUUCACGAAACCGACACCCCGACCUUAACCGGCCUCGCCCGCAUUGGCUAUCGACUCCCAGAUGAAACAGCCUUACAGCAAGAGAUUAAUGGAAUGUUCGAUAGGGCAAGCCACCCGCCACCCACCACCCAAAUCGGGAGACGUGAUCGAAUUCUUGAUUUGGUUGAGCAAUUUGACCGCAAUAUGUCGGCAUUACUCGAGUUAUUGAGCAUUUAUGACAGUCGUGCUGGUGCGCGUACUACGCACAGAAUAGGGGAUAAAGAAGCCGAAGCCAUAUGUCAUGGCUUUGAAAGGUGGUGUGGGGAAGAAUGUAAGGCUUGGAAAGACACCAUCCAACAACGUUACUUGUUUGCUUGUAGAUUCAGAGAUGACUUCCAGAAAUGGUUUAUGAUUAAUUUCAUUUCUCCGUUGGCAAUCUUUGCGAAGAUCUACAAAUAUUUAAACCCUCAGCGGAUGGAUUCCUGCAAUUUACUUGAUUUCUUGUCCUUCUAUACUGACGUGCCGUUCUUGGCGAAAUACGAGUUAUUUUUCCUGGGUCUCGCUAAGGGCUUCUCCUGGGAAGAUGGAAAAUUGAAGGCUGUCCCCAUCAUCAAAUAUUUGAUGAAGAAACACCCGGAUUGGUGGAAAUCCUUCGACGAAAGACUUUACAAGUCGAUGAAAUUGAUUAUCGAGAAGAUCGAAAGCUUGAGACUCCAAGAGGGCUUGGACCUGUACCUGUACUACGUCGAAGCUGGUGACGCCCAGGGUGACGACGCCAACCACACCUGA